UAUAAUGUUUUGUAUUAUAGUGCAAAUAAAAUAGUUUAUUCUAUAAAUGAACAGAUUCAUGCUAAUGCAUAUCAUACCAAUGUAGAAAUAGUUGCUUAAACUUCAAAGAAAGAACGAAAAACGAAAAUAUGUCAUUAUCUGGUUCAUCAAGACCAAAAGCUACAAAUCUUGAACAAAUAUGGGAUGAUUUAAAAGAAGGAAUUCAACAAAUUUAUUUAAAACAAAAUAUGCCUAAGCCUCGCUAUAUGCAGCUUUAUACUCAUGUUUACAACUAUUGCACUAAUGUUCAAAACCCAAGCUCAAACAACAAGAUUCCGAAAAAAAAACAACCAAAUUCUGGAGGUGCACAACUUGUUGGUAGUGAACUUUACAAAAGGCUGAAAGAUUUUUUGAAUAAUUACUUAAACAAUCUGCUAAGGUCAGGUGCUGAUUUUAUGGACGAGUCAGUUCUAACGUUUUACACACAGCAGUGGGAAGGGUAUAAGUUCUCUUCAAAAGUUCUUCAUGGUAUUUGUGCUUAUUUAAAUAGACAUUGGAUUCGAAGAGAGUGCGGAGAAGGCAGAAAAGAUGUAUAUGAAAUUUACAAUUUAGCAUUGGUUACUUGGCGUGAUGUUCUAUUCAAAGGACUCGAUACAAGGGUAACUUAUGCUGUUCUUGAAUUAAUACGAAGAGAGAGAAAUGGUGAUACUAUAAAUACAAGCCUAAUAUCUGGUGUCAUUGAUAGUUAUGUUCAUUUGGGUAUAAAUGAAGAAGAUACUCGCACCACUGGGCCUAACCUUUCUGUCUAUCGUAAGCAGUUUGAAUCAAUUUUUUUGCAGGACACAGAACAAUACUAUACAGCUGAAAGUGAAGCAUUUUUAGCUCAUAAUCCUGUGACUGAAUACAUGAAAAAAGCUGAAAUUCGAUUAAAUGAAGAAAGGCGGCGUGUUUUUGUUUAUUUACAUGAGAGUACUCAGAUAGAACUUGCAAGAAAGUGUGAACAGGUUCUGAUAAAAAAACAUUUAGAAACUCUUUAUGGAGAGUUUCGUCAUCUUUUAGGCGAUGACAAAGACGAAGAUUUAGGAAGAAUGUACAAUCUAGUAUCACGUGUACCAGAUGGUUUGGUUACAUUGAAGCAGCUUUUAGAGCAGCAUAUACACACUCAAGGUUUAAACGUAAUAGAGAAAUGUGGUGAAGCUGCUAUCAAUGAUCCAAAGAUGUACGUAACUACAAUGCUAGGUGUACAUCGCAAAUAUUAUGCUUUGGUUGUAUCUGCUUUUAGUAAUGAUAAUGGCUUUGUUGCUGCACUUGAUAAAGCUUGCGGAAGAUUUGUUAAUGCAAAUUCCGUCACUAAAGCAGCAGGAAAUUCGUCAAAAUCUCCAGAACUUUUAGCUCGCUAUUGUGAUUCACUCCUGAAAAAGAGUGCAAAGAAUCCAGAAGAGGCAGAGCUAGAAGAUAUUCUUAAUUCUAUAAUGAUAAUUUUCAAAUAUGUUGAAGACAAAGAUGUUUUUCAAAAGUUUUACUCCAAAAUGUUGGCUAAACGUUUGGUUCAACAAAAUUCUGCAUCUGAUGAUGCAGAAGCCACAAUUAUUUCAAAGUUAAGGGAAAUGUGUGGUUAUGAAUACACAAACAAACUGCAGAGAAUGUUUCAAGAUAUGAAUGUUAGUAAGGACUUAAAUGAUAAAUUCAAAAAGCAUGUUUCAAGUCAAGAAAAUGGUGAAGUUGAUUUCAGUAUCCAAGUUUUAUCUUCUGGUGCUUGGCCUUUUCAACAAUCUCCUAUAUUUACAUUACCCCCUGAGUUGGAAAGGUGUUUACAGCGAUUUACAACAUUUUAUAAUGCUCAACAUAGCGGUCGAAAAUUACAUUGGCUCUAUCAACUAUCAAAAGGAGAACUUGUUACUAAUUGUUUUAAAAAUAGAUAUACAUUACAGGCAUCAACUCAUCAAAUGGCUGUACUGUUAAUGUAUAACAGUGAAGAUAGUUACACUGUUGAACAAAUACAAGAACAUACCCAAAUUAAUAUGGAUAUUCUUCAACAAGUGUUAAGUAUAUUAAUAAAAAUUCGUUUAUUGAUUAGCAAUCCUACUAUUGUUGAAAAUUUCCCUCUUACUUCUGUAAUACAUCUUUAUAAAGAAUACAAAAAUAAAAAACUUCGUGUAAAUAUAAAUGUACCAAUGAAAACUGAGCAAAAACUGGAGCAACAACAAACUCACAAAUAUAUUGAAGAAGAUAGAAAAUUACUUGUACAGGCUUGUAUAGUUCGAAUAAUGAAAAUGCGUAAAGUUAUGAAGCAUCAGAAUUUACUUACAGAAGUACUUACUCAACUAUCUGCCCGGUUUAAACCUGGAAUACCUGUAAUUAAGAAAUGCAUUGACAUUCUUAUCGAAAAAGAAUAUCUUGAACGUGUUGAAGGGGAGAAAGAUACAUACAGCUACUUAGCAUAAACUCAGAGUUCUAAUGCGUUUUUGUAAUAUAUGGAGAAAUGUAAUUUCUUCCAAAAAAUUCAUGAUUGGACUGGCAAUAAUAUGAUGGAUUUAGGAAUGAACUUUCUCUAGCACUAUAUCUAGAGUUAUUUUUUUAAAAUCACAUGACAUUUUUUAGAUAAUUUUUUUAUUAUCUAUAAAUAGCUUCAAUGUUGUGCAAUAAAUAGUUGCAAUGUUGUUCAAUGACUAGCUGCAAUAUUGUACAGUAAAGUUUAUUGCAGUAAAGUUUCAUCAACUGUUAUUUUUUCAAAAAAUCUUUAAUGUUUCUACAAUGUUGUGAAAACAAAAAACAUGAAAAGUUAAUAAA